UUGGCGUUGGCUGAACAGCGUCGAGAUCUGACGAUGUAUUGUCGUUGCCCUCACUGAUUUUUCUUCAGUCGUGACUUAACAUUUGGCCCACCUUUUUUUUCCUCAAACAACGUGUCCAGUGCUUAAGUAUCGACUGCUGGCCGACAAGUGUUCAUCAUGCCUUUUUUUGGAUUUCUGGGCAAAAAGAAAGAUGCAAAGGAGGAUUCAGGGGUCAUCGUUGGCGUCGGUUUCAAGGCGACAGCAGUCAACGAAACUGCGAUAAAAUCAGCCAUGAAACAACCUGCUAAUGAAAACAAAUCCAAGAAUAAAAACAAGGAAAACAAACAGGAAGAGAAUCCACCGCAGACAGUUUCAACAGACAAUCGGCGUCAUGAAACGAACCCUUAUCUUCAACCAACAAACUACAAGAUUAACAUUUCGGCCCCAGCUGCGGAAUCCUCUCAAACAAUCAACCGCAAUAACACGUAUGGCAGCAAUCAAGUCAUCGUUGCAAACACGACGGACAAGAAACAAAGUAAACUCGAUUUGGAAAUUUUUGGGACGAUCACACAGCCAACAUUUAGAACGGCCCUCUCUACGCCCAACCUAUUGACGGCUGAUUUGGGGCAAGAGUCGGCACGUAAGCCCAAAAUAUCUGACGAUAGACCAACCUUGAAAAGUGGAACUCUAAUCCAUUAUAAUGGCUCAACCAGUUAUGAAGAGUACUUGCGGCAGGCGAAAGAAAUGUUUGAACACAGAUGGCGUUAUCCACCGGACCAAGAUGGAAUUGGAUUGUACGAUUUUUUCCGCACACGUACAUUAGCCUCUGGCAAUUUUGGUCGCGUCAUACUUGUCCAGAACAAGUUAAACAAACAAUUUUACGCCAUGAAAGUGCUCGAGAAGCAAAAGGUCGUGAAAAAGAAACAGGUGGAACACACGCUAGAUGAGAAAAAAGUAUUGGCUGCCAUUAAUUUCCCGUUCAUCGUCAAAUUGGAAUUCUAUUUUAAGGACAAUUCUAAUUUAUAUAUGGUUCUCGAAUACGUACCUGGAGGUGACAUGUUUACCCAUUUGCGUAAAUUAGGAAGAUUCAAAGAGCCUCACGCUCGUUUUUAUGCCACUCAGAUCGUUUUGGCUUUUGAGUAUCUGCAUCAUCUAGGGCUGAUUUAUCGCGAUUUGAAACCAGAAAAUAUUAUGAUAGACACAGCUGGAUAUGCGAAAGUUACAGAUUUCGGAUUCACCAAGAAAAUUGCAGAUAGGCGGACGUGGACCAUGUGUGGGACACCGGAAUAUUUAGCUCCCGAAAUCAUUCUCGUUAAAGGAUACAAUAGAGCCGUCGAUUGGUGGGCUCUGGGUAUCUUGAUUUUCGAAAUGGUGGCUGGACAAGCGCCCUUUAUGGCCGACCAACCCAUUCAGCUCUACGAAAAAAUUGUGGCCGGCAAGAUCCAGUAUCCGAAAGUAUUUAGCUCAGAAGUGAAGGAUCUCGUUCGUGGUUUACUUCAAGCCGAUCUUACCAAACGACUGGGCAACCUGAAAAAUGGCGUUGGUGACAUUAAAAACCAUCGCUGGUUUCAAACGACCGAUUGGCUCGCCAUCUAUCAAAAAAGAGUUCCUGCACCAUUGAUCCCUAAAGUCAAAGGAGCCGGUGAUACGCGACACUUUCAGUCGAACGAAGAAGAUCGAGAUCUGUUCAAGGCGAGAGCCGAUAACUUGCACGCCGAGACAUUUAAAGAUUUCUAAAAGUUGUUUUCUUAUUGCUCUUUUCGUUCGUUUGAUCACCAGUUAUUUUAAUUUUAUCUGCCUACUAUUGGUUUUUUAAUUCAUCUAUUUCAUAGUUGUUCUGUUACCUUGACAAUUCAUCUCAUCCAAUCUCUGCUUAUCAGUUGUUCGUAACAAUAGAUUCCUACAGGUUGUGUAAAGAAAAUCAAA